UUCUUCCUGCAUUACGCUAAACAAAAUGGCUUCGUCCAGACCAACAUACAUUUCGCUGUCGAUUCUGUCAACAUGUAUAUUGCUGUUGUGGACAGAAUUCGCAAGCUGCAAUCUCGGUAGAAGACCAAGUGAUGCUUUGGACACGGACUACUCUGUACUCCUCGAGCAUUCAUUUGAAAUAGAUGAUUUGCCAAGGUUUCGGCGGAGAGGCUCACUGGAGUUGCGAUCAGGGAGAGAGCCUGGCGUCACCAUCUCUCAGAGUCAGCUGUCAGAGGAGGACAGGAACAUGCUGAAGGAAGUCGCUGCUGUGGAUGGCCUCUACCGAAUCCGUGUCCCCCGAGUGUCUUUAGACAGGCAAACAGAGAAGCAGACAGAUGGCUAUCUCACAGCUUUUGUGAGAGCGUGUGCUAUGGUGGAGUCACACCUGAGUGAUGUCAUCACUCUCCACACUGAUGUCACUGGCUAUCUUAUUGGCGUUUCCAUAGUGACCUUGCCUGGGGCUUGUCGAGGAGUUGAGGUGGAGGACGAGGUUGAUCUGGAGUCUUUUAACACCACACUGAGUGUCAUGGGUCCUGUCAAUGCUCCCCAGCCAGAGACUGCUCUGUUUAUUGAGAGGCUGGAGCUGGAAAUGGAGAAGAAAGUCAAAAAUCCACAGGAGCAGAAGUCCUUCUUUGCCAAAUAUUGGUAUUUGAUUCUGGGCGGCGCAGUGUUCCUCAUGGCCACCAGUUCAGCACAGCCCCCAGCAGGGGGCGACAGAGAGCAGAGCUGAUUCCCAUUCAUUUCAAUGGAUGUACAUUGUUCCCCUCGUCCUCUUCCUCAUGAUGUCCGGCGCACAAGACCAAUCCGGGGGCGGGGCUGGCGGUGGAGCUGCCAAUGGCGGCGGCCGAUGAUCGCCAUGCCGAUGUGACACGCAUAAGUGGAUAACUUCCUGUUGUGUAUAUAAUGCUGAAUGAAUGGUAACUGAUAACUAAAUUAUGUUCAAUUAAAUGUGCACUCACACAAACACAUGACCAUGAACUCCUGCUGAGAUGUGAAUUGUACUGCGUUUUUAUUACUGAAGUAACUGAAGAAAGAAAAUAAAACUCUUAGAGAAUAUGACCACUAA